CAAAUACGCAUUGGUGUGCAUUAAAGUGCACUUAAUAUAUGCAUUAAAUGCGAAAACCGAAAGUGAAGUAUUAGAAUUAUGAAAACAGGAUAAAGAGUGAAAAUAUUGUUUCAAAGAUAAACAGAUAUCGAUUUAAACAACAAAAUGGCGACGGGCGACAUUGGGUUUGCUCAAAUGUUGAUACGAUGCAAGUGCUGCCCCAACAAGGCAGAACUUUUCUGCAGGAGUUGUGACGUUAACAUGUGUAGAAAUUGUGUUGCUUCGCAUACACUUUCUCUACCACAGGAACACGUCGUUAUCAAAUAUUCAGCAAAAUUUGAUGUUUACCCAAAGCCAUGUUGUCCCAAACACCUUGAACAAAAGUGCAAUCUUCAUUGCCAAGUUUGUGAUAUUCCUGUCUGCACUGAAUGCAUUGCAUCUGGAGAGCAUGUACGCCAUGAGAUGCAGAAAGUCAGCGAGAAUCAGAAAGCAAAAGAAGGGGUUGUGGUCGAGGAAAUAAAAUUUCUGGAAGAGAAAUUAGUUCCCGAAUAUCAAAGAAUCAUAGAGCUAAUAAAGGAAGAUAUAGAUGAGUUACCAACGAGGAGUUCCAAUUUAAAAUCAGAAAUGUUAGAACAAGGAAAAGAACUGCACAACGCAGUUGAAAGGGUCAUCAAUAAAAGACUCUCUGAAAUCGAUGCUAUGGAAAACAAAAAUUUGGAUGAACUACAGAAAACUCUGUCUGAAUUUGAAAAUCGCUUAGCUGCUAUUCUGGAACUUAUCAGGAAGAAUAAAGAAAUUCUGCAGUUUAGGCAAACUGACAUUGCUAAUUCCCAGUCACAUUUGAACAAACUAAGCCAGUUGCCGCCAAGGAGGAAGUUUUCACCAGGACGAUUUGAAGCAGAACCAGUCAAUGACGAAAAAAUAUCUUCAUUAUUUGGUAAGCUGCAUCCUUCGUCAUUGAAAGCUGUAAUUGAAGACAAAGCUGUGAGCAGAAUAACAAGAGAGCUGUCGUUUCUACAGUGCUACCAGAGAGAGUUACUUGACUGUCCAGAAAUCAUUGCCACUACAGAUAUUAAGAUCAAAGAACCCUGCUUAGUCAGUUGUCUUGGAAACAAUGAAGCCUGGAUAAGUGGUUGCCGUGGUAACAUGACCCGGGUUGACAGUGAAGGGUCAGUUCUGGAGACGGUCAUCACGAAGUCUGGUCGAUAUCCUCAUGGUCUGGCGAUCACCAGCGAUGGCGAUCUCCUAUAUACUGACUUUGCCAAUAAGACCAUUUGCCGCGUAAGGAACGGGAAAGUUGAUGUCUUGAUUCACACGGAGGGUCACCCGUCUGGGAUCUGUGUCACUUCGUCCGGAGACAUAUUGGUCGCUUUGUAUGAAACAGAAGUGAACAUAGCACGGUACACUGGUACAUCAAAAAUACAAGACAUUCCUUACGGUGAAACAAAACGAGCUUUGAUAGAAAAUAAUGAUAUCUGGCUCCAAAUCGCUGAGAAUAGGAACGGAGACAUCUGUGUGAGCGACUUGAACUCUAAAGCAGUUGUCAUCCUCAGUCAAGAAGGAAAAGCCAAAUCUAGAUAUGUCAAGGCCACUAACCCACAUUGUAUUACCACAGACAGUGUUGGUCAUAUAUUGGUAUCUGACAAUCACCAGAACUGUGUCUACAUCCUAGACAGCCAUGGCGCAGGUCUAUCGAUCAUAAAUAACUGUCUACUGAAUGUCCCUGUUGGAGUGAGUGUUGACAGUGACGACAGACUGUGGGUAGUGGAGAGAGACUCUGGAAAACUGAACAUCAUCAAGUACAUGAAAUAGAACAAUCUUCAAUCUCCACCCUUGACGUGCAUAAAAUUGACUAAAGGUGGAUAAAUCUAUUAACAGCUAAAAUCAUACGAUCAUCUUGUGACUUA